AUGGCAGAUACAGCAGUAGCUUCCGAAACUCCCGCUCCGGCGACUCCGGCGAAAAAACCGAAGGCCGCCGCUACUGCAGCAGGUGGUGCAAAGAAGCCCAAGGCGAAACCCACUCAUCCGAAGACUUCCGAAAUGGUCACCAGCGCAAUUAAAGAGCUGAAAGAGCGCAGUGGAUCAUCUUUGCAAGCGAUAAAAAAAUAUAUUGCCGCUCAAUAUAAAGUCGACGCUGAAAAACUAGCUCCGUUCAUCAGAAAGUACCUGAAGAGCGCAGUCGAAUCGGGUGCGCUUAUACAGACAAAGGGCAAGGGGGCUUCCGGUUCCUUUAAGCUUGAAUCAAAAUCGUCCGCCUCUAAGAAACCGUCGACGGGUAAGAGCAGCGGUGGCGCAAAGAGCGGCGCGUCCGCCGCUAGCUCGGUGUCGGCGAAGGUGAAGAAGAGCACCGCCGCGGGUAAGGGUAAAAAGACAGCAUCGGCAGCGACCGCAUCAUCACCGUCUAAGGCAAAACCGUCUGCAGCUACCAAGGACAAGAAGGCGGCCGCCGCGAAAAAGAAGCCGGCAGCCGCAAGAAAAUCCGCAACCGCUGGCCAAAGCGGCGUUUCUAAGGCGAAAGGCGCCGCUUCGAAGGCGAAAAAGAGCGCCAAACCACCGACAAAGAAACCUAAGGCUCCAAAACCGAAGAAGGCGGCAACACCCAAAUCGAAGUCUUCCGCGGCGGCAUCGAAGAAGGCAGCCGCUUCUAAAAAGUAA